AUGUCGUCUCUAUUACCCUUUUCGCGUCUUCUUACGAGCCUCUUCCUAGCCGUCGCCAUGGCGUGCGGCGCGCGGGGAGCAACCCCCGUGGCACCGGCAACAGGAGGGCGGUACAUUACGGUCGGUAGCACGAACGAGAAGUUUAAUUACGCGUGGAACCCCAAAGUUAACUACGCUAAAUGGGCGUCAACAGACGAAAACACGGUGUAUACCGGAGAUGUGCUAGUGUUUAACUAUCCCGCCUACUCCGACGAGGUUUAUAAGUUUGACGACGUCACGGCUUUUCAGCGGUGCCAGUUCUGGAAAGCCACGAAGGUCUGCAGCGACACGGACGGCGAGGCAGGAUGCACGGUGCGAGUCGACACGCCCGGGCUCGCACUCUUCGCGUCGGGCAUGAUUGCACGAUGCACCUGGAAUAGCAAGCUGAACAUCUCAGUGGUUCAGCGCGGCACCCCGCGGAACGUCUAUGUAGGAAAGAUAAUGCCUGGCUACACAUACCAGUGGAACCCUGCUGUUAACUUCAUCGACUGGGCUGCGACUACUAAGAUAUACGUCGGAGAUUCUCUUGUUUUCAACCCGUCUCCGGCCCUUUCACAAUCACCGUUCUUCUCGCCUCUCCCACGGGUCGCCGUUUCCAUCUCCGCCGCAAUGGCGGGCCUUCCUUCCGCCCAACUCUCUCCGCCGAGCGCCACUGGUCUUCCCCGUCCCGUGCGGGAGGUGGAACGAAUCUCCCCUUCCGCCAUCGCCUUAGAAAUCGAGAAUCCCCCCAGUUUCCCCACUGUUGCGGGGGAAGCCGCCACAAAUGGCGGUACUAGCACUUACACCGACAGAGACGCAGAGGCGGGGCCCAGCGCGAAAGCCGCCGCUCCCCCCGCUUUCUCUUCUGCAGCGGCGGAUAUUUAUCGGGAUGAAACAGGCGGAGGGGGAGCGGAGAUACUCCCCGCGGACGAGGGCGCGCGGGGAGCAGCAGGGGGCGGGGUGGGCAGCGGAGCGGUUAGGGGAACCGGCGGGGGAAGGGAGAACGGGGAGCAGGAUAGCGAAUCAAAUCUCCCACUUGAUGAUGACGUGGAAGACGAUUUAUCACUCAUCACACUGCAACGGCACGCCGAUACCAGGCGACCCGCGCGCUUGAAACGCUUCUGUAGCCAAUUCCUCUCGCCAGUCGCGAUCCCUAUAACGGGGAUAGCGGCGUGGAUGCGGGAGCUGGGGCGCGUGUUCGGGUGGCCGCUGCUGGGAGUGGUGAUGGUGACGUAUGGGAUUAAUCAGGGGUAUGCGAGUUCUCUCACGGACCUGUCGCUGAGUUACUAUUGGAAGGACGUUCAGCAUCUGCAACCCGCCGCUGCUCAGUUCUACAUGAGCUUCGUGGGCAUCCCGUGGGACGUGAAGCCGCUCUACGGCAUGAUCACCGACACCUUCCCCAUCCUCGGGUGCGUGCGCUGCUCCCCUCUCUCUGUCUCUCGCUGCGCCUGUGCCUUCCCUGCCCGCGUCUCCCUCUCCAAUCCCCUCUGUCACAUCCCGUGGGACCGCGCUUCUCCCACCCCACCCCCUUUCUCUGCAUGCCGCUGCCCCAUCCCCUCUCUCCCUCUGCCUCUCCCCCAUACUCUCUGCCUGCCUCCCUCAUCCUCUCCGUGCCUGGACUUUCUUUCUCCCUCCCUCUCCACAGCCGCGCCCAUUCACCGCACUUCCAGCGGUGGCGCAGCAGCGUGGUGGGCGCUGGGGGGCGUGCCUCACACCCCCACCCCGUCUUCCAUCCCCUCUCCCCGUCUUCCAUCCCCUCUCCCCGUCUUCCAUCCCCUCUCCCCGUCUUCCAUCCCCUCUCCCCGUCUUCCAUCCCCUCUCCCCGUCUUCCAUCCCCUCUCCCCGUCUUCCAUCCCCUCUCCCCGUCUUCCAUCCCCUCUCCCCGUCUUCCAUCCCCUCUCCCCGUCUUCCAUCCCCUCUCCCCGUCUUCCAUCCCCUCUCCCCGUCUUCCAUCCCCUCUCCCCGUCUUCCAUCCCCUCCCCCCGUCUUCCAUCCCCUCUCCCCGUCUUCCAUCCCCUCUCCCCGUCUUCCAUCCCCUCUCCCCGUCUUCCAUCCCCUCUUCCCGUCUUCCAUCCCCUCUCCCCGUCUUCCAUCCCCUCUCCCCGUCUUCCAUCCCCUCUCCCCGUCUUCCAUCCCCUCUCCCCGUCUUCCAUCCCCUCUCCCCGUCUUCCAUCCCCUCUCCCCGUCUUCCAUCCCCUCUCCCCGUCUUCCAUCCCCUCUCCCCGUCUUCCAUCCCCUCUCCCCGUCUUCCAUCCCCUCUCCCCGUCUUCCAUCCCCUCUCCCCGUCUUCCAUCCCCUCUCCCCGUCUUCCAUCCCCUCUCCUCGUCUUCCAUCCCCUCUCCCCGUCUUCCAUCCCCUCUCCCCGUCUUCCAUCCCCUCUCCCCGUCUUCCAUCCCCUCUCCCCGUCUUCCAUCCCCUCUCCCCGUCUUCCAUCCCCUCUCCCCGUCUUCCAUCCCACUCACAACCAGCUUCCAGCGCUGGCCCUACAUAGCCCUGUCAGGAGUCAUCGGCACAGCAGCGUGGUGGGCUCUGGGGGGGAUACCAGCGCUCGUGCCAGCAGUGGCAACGGCGCUGCUGGUGACACAGUCGCUGUUCUGUGCCGUGCCAGAUGUGGUGGUGGAUGGCAUGGUGGCGCAGGAGAUUCGCCUGCACCCCUCCUAUGCCGCGGAUUUGCAGACCCUCCCAGCAGCCUGUCUCGCCCUGGCCUCGCUCCUCACAUACACCAUCAGCGGCUCUCUCAUUGAACGCCUCGGUCCCUGCGGCACAUUCUUCCUCAUCUCCCUCGCGCCUUUCUCACUCAUCGUGGCUGCGCUCCUGCUCCCUGAAACCCGCCUGCCCGAGGGCAAGAGGAGGGGGGAUGUGAGGAUGCUGAAGAGGACGUGGCGCCGCUUCAUUGGCACGAUUCGGCACCGGAAGAUUGCGAGGGCGGCACUGUUUAUAUUUAUCGUGCAGGUGAGGGGUGCUGGGUGGUGGCGGGGUGGUUCCAAACAUCACCUCGAGAAUGUUCUUCUGGUGAAGCAGGGCGCACGGUGCACUCUCACACCCUGUAACCAUGUCUGCCAUGCGUCCCACCACACUCCCUCUGCCGCCUCUACUCCUUCCCCCAUCCACCAGGGUGGGGUGGUCCCGAACAUCACCUCAGGAAUGUUCUUCUGGCUAACGGACGAGAAGCAGGGCCCGGGGUUCAGUGAGGUGUUUAUGGGCAUGGUGGGCGCGGUGGGGCAGGCGGGCAUGCUGCUGGGCGUCACUGCGUACAACCUCUGGCUGCGCCGCUUCACCUACCGCUCUAUACUGUUCUGCACACAGUUCCUCCUCUUUGCCACCUGCUUUCUCGACCUCAUCCUCGUCACGCGCACGAACCUCAGGCUUGGCAUCCCGGACCACGCGUUUGUGAUCGGCGACCAGGCCUUCUCACUAGCCAUGGGCCGGAUCCAAAUCAUGCCGAUCCUCGUGCUAGCGGCCCGCAUGUGCCCCUCGGGAAUCGAGGCCACUCUCUUUGCUUUCUACAUGGCGACGAGUAACUUUGGGAUUACUUGCUCUGAGUGGUGGGGUGCGGCGCUGCUGCAUGCGGUGGGGGUGCGGAGGGAUAGCUAUGGUAACCUGUGGAUGGCGGUUGUUGUGAGGAUGUGUGCCCGGCUGCUGCCGCUGCUGGCUCUGGGGUUGCUUCCGGAAGACGUUGCAAGGGGAUCAGAGAUCAGUCAUGGACUCAUGGGCUAG